AGAAGUCCAGGAGGGCUCAGUGACGACCACACACACACACACGUGCGAGCAGGGCACCCUCACCGACGUCAUCCCACAGCAGCUGGACUAUGCAUCAGUGCCCAUGUUUUUGCUCGCUCUGAGCUCCCUGCCAGACAGUCCACAUAUUUGGAGUUGGGAGGGAGCAAAAACGUGGACUGUCUGAGGUCCGGAUUAGGAUGCACCGCAGUAGAGGUGUGAUAUUACCCACAGAGUGCGCGUGAAGUGGAUUGUCCCAGCCGGUCAUUUCCAUACACCUCACAGUCUCUGAAUACCAAGCGGACUUUCUGAUGGGGGGGGGGCUGGUGCUCCCUCACUGUGCCACUUUUGUUUUAUUAUAUUGUUCAACCAAAUAUUUAUGUACAUGGAAAUAAAGUUUGGUUCAAAGCUGCCUUCAGUCUGUCAGACGUGUUGGUGAUUGAUUUGAUCUGAAACGAUUUUUGUUUAUCGGGUUUCCAUUGCUGUUUUGGUUGUGUUUGGCACUUAAUAUAGAGAACCCGGUCGGGGGGGAUUCCUCCAUCUGCGUCAGGUGACCAGGCCCCGCUGACGCGAUCUAACUUCACUUCCUCCGGAUGGUUUUCCUGUGUUCAUUCAUGCCGCAUCUCUGCAUGAGGUCACCGCAGCGGGGAAGUUUGUGCGUUGUCCACCGCAGGGGAGAGAGUGUGUGAAGGGUGUUAAGUUAGCUGGCAACAGGGGGCGCCGCUGAUUGGGGGGGGGGGCAGCUAGUGGACGCUGAAAGUAUCCUGUCUGUGCAGCAUCCUCCAGCUGACGUGGAGUCACUCACGUGUCCUGUUUCCAAUGCAGCUCUUCUAAAGCACCGUGGGGGGGGUAAUGUGCUGUCUUUCUAGGAAAGAGUGCAGAGAAGCACGUUGGGCCUCCAGUCAGUAUCAGGAGCAGAGUCGACCAGACAUGAUUCACGAGGACAGACAUGCAGACGCACACCACAAGUCUGAGGAAGUGGAACCUCCUCUUGAAGAACAACCACAGGGCUUUGGGAUGAUCUACAAGAUAGAAGAUGUGCCUCCCUGGUACCUAUGCAUCCUGCUUGGGCUACAGCACUACCUGACCUGCUUCAGUGGCACCAUCGCGGUGCCGUUCCUGCUGGCUGAGGCCAUGUGCGUGGGACGGGACCAGUACUCCAUCAGCCAGCUGGUGGGAACCAUUUUCACCUGUGUGGGCAUCACCACGCUAAUCCAGACCACGCUGGGAGUCAGGUUGCCGCUUUUUCAGGCCAGCGCUUUCGCCUUCCUUAUCCCUGCUCAGGCCAUCAUGGGCCUUGACAGGUGGAAGUGUCCCCCGGAUGAGGAGGUGUACGGCAACUGGAGUCUGCCCCUGAACACCUCUCACGUCUGGCACCCCCGGAUCAGGGAGAUCCAGGGCGCCAUCAUGGUGUCCAGCGUGGUGGAGGUCCUCAUCGGCCUAGUCGGUCUCCCCGGGAUCCUGCUUAACUACAUCGGGCCCCUGACUGUCACCCCUACGGUGUCUCUCAUCGGCCUCUCCGUCUUCCAGACAGCCGGAGAACGUGCUGGAACACACUGGGGCCUCUCCUUACUGUGUAUUUUCCUAAUCGUGGCUUUUGCCCAGUAUCUCAGAAACUGGUCCCUCCCUAUCCCCAUCUACACCAGGAGGAAAGGUUGCACCACUGCCAAGGUCCAGAUCUUCAAGAUGUUUCCGAUCAUCAUGGCCAUUAUGCUGGUCUGGCUGCUUUGCUACAUCCUGACCCUGACGGAUGUGCUUCCCCAGGACCCCAGUCAGUACGGUCACAAGGCGCGCACGGACGCCCGCGGGGAUAUCAUGUCCUGGGCACCUUGGUUCCGCAUGCCAUACCCAUGUCAGUGGGGGUUGCCGACAGUGACCAUCGCCAGUGUGCUGGGCAUGUUCAGCGCUACUCUGGCAGGCAUUGUGGAGUCCAUCGGUGAUUACUACGCCUGUGCCCGUCUGGCGGGGGCACCACCGCCCCCGGUCCACGCCAUCAACAGGGGCAUCUUCACAGAGGGGGUGUGCUGCAUCAUCGCAGGGCUGCUGGGCACCGGGAACGGCUCCACCUCAUCCAGCCCCAACAUUGGGGUGCUGGGCAUCACUAAGGUGGGCAGCAGGAGGGUGGUGCAGUACGGAGCCGUCAUCAUGCUGGUGCUGGGCACCGUAGGGAAGUUCACAGCCCUGUUCGCCGCCCUGCCCGACCCCAUCCUCGGGGGCAUGUUCUGCACCUUGUUUGGAAUGAUCACAGCAGUUGGGUUGUCUAACCUGCAGAGCGUGGACCUGAACUCCUCUAGGAAUCUCUUUGUUCUGGGAUUCUCUAUGUUCUUCGGGCUCAUGCUGCCCAAUUACUUGGACACGAACCCCGGCAGCAUCCGUACAGGAGUGCCUGAGCUGGACCAGAUCAUCACCGUGCUCCUGACUACUGAAAUGUUCGUGGGAGGAUUCCUGGCCUUUGUGCUGGACAACACUGUACCAGGCACCCGGGAGGAGAGAGGCCUGCUGGACUGGACGGCAGACGAUCGUCCGUCCAGCCAGGCCACCGUGUCCCUGUCCACCUACGACUUCCCCGUCGGCAUGGACUGUGUGCGGCGGACAUCAUUCUUGCGCUACCUUCCCAUCAGCCCCACCUUCCAGGGCUUCCGUCGGCGCCUCAGGAAGAUCAGCGAGCAGGCGAGCGAGGAGGACAGGGCCCCGCAAAACGGCGAGGGCCCCCCAGUCCAUCCACGGCUCACCAUUUCUUGUACCAAAGUAUAGCAGCUCAUUUUGUAAACAUUAUUAUUAUUAUUAUUAUUAUUUUGGCUGCAUGUUUGGCAUCUGCAUUUUGUACGGCAGGUAUUUCAUUAUUAUCAUUGUUAUUUAAUGAUUCUGUUCUCUUCUUAUGAAUAGUAAGAUCAUUCAAAUCAGUUCUACUUGAUAAUAGAAAUAUGAUGUUAUAUAUUUUAUGCCACCAUAUUGCAGGCUUGUGAUAAUGGAUCCUGUUCUUAAUGUCAUCGUUUAUAUCUCGUCUAAGUGCUUCCUGGUACCUAACUGUGCUGGAGACACGAGGAUCUGACUUCCUAGGUUAUGUGUAGGUCUGUGUGUAGCCCAUGUUGUAGCCCAUAUAUACAGAUACAGACCCAAGAACAGGUUGCAUAAAGUGUAGUUUCUAUUUACAUAAAAUUCACAAGGUUCACAAUUGACAGCAAACAGCAUUGUUAUUAGCAAUUGUCAUGAAUGAGGUGUACAUAUUUAUAAAAAUGUUUUUUAGAUUUGUUUUCUAUAUCUCUUACAUAUUCAGAGAAAUUACGCUGAGGAUUAUGUGAACAACUAUGCUGUUUUUACACACAAAUUAGUUAAAUAAAAGUUGCUUU